CUUCGCGCUACCGCCCAACCUCUCUCUCUGCCCCCUACAAUUUUUUUACCCGCUUCUUACACGCAUCCAAGAACAAGAAUUCGAUCCCACUCUCCACCCACUUGUCCCCGCAAAUUCACAGCCGGCUUUGGCCGACAGCAAUGGCUUCUUUCGCCGACGAAGAAGCCCUACCCGCUCUUCCGCCGAUCAACACGGCGCCUCUGCUCAUGCCCCCCUCGCCGCCCGCCGCUGAUCCGUCACGGGAGACGACGACGGCGACGACGCAGGAGUCGGCGGAGGAACGAGAUCCGUCGACGCCCAAGUCGGAGGAGAGCAAGAUUCGGCCGGCGGCGGAGUGCCCGCCAGCGCCGCGGAAGCCGGCGCUCGCGACGGCGCCUCGGCUGUCGGCGGUGAAGCGGAAGUGGCGGCCGUCGUCGACGGGGACGACGCGGGUGUGCGUCGCCGUCCCGCGAGACCUCUCCACGGUGUUCCGGUCGAUGCCCAUGCGGCCGCCGCCCGAGAAGCGGAUCCGGGCGUCGUGAUGCUAGCUGCGGCGAUCGAUCGAUCCGGGCGGAAUUCAAUUGCCACGUACGAGUACGAGUACGAACCUCUUGGUUGGUUUGGUUGAUUAAUUUCUUCGAGAAUUCUUCCGGUCCUUGGCCUUCCUAAUCUCUCUCUCUCUCUUCUCCUUUCUUGGGUAGAUGGUAUUCACGGCCAUGGUAUAAAUUAUGAUGCUAUAUAUAAAUAAGAUGUUGUUUCCGUGCGUGUUUUUCAAAGAAAAUUGCCUUUGUGUGAUGGAGAAUUUGCAGCUGUAGAAUUAUUGAAGAGCUUCUCGUCACUGGAUGGAAGUGCUUAAAGGCAGCAAAAAAAAGGUGCAAGGAAAAUUCACAAAGAUCUUGGUCAUUAUGAUAGCUAGCUAUCUGAAUUGUGUAUAUCUUCAGUUCCUCUCUGUUUUCUGAUGCCGUAUCUGCAAAUGCGAUUUGGCCAAAGUUAGUCA